AUGAGGAUUACGAUUUUACUUCUCACCACACUUGCAACAAUUAUCACGGCUCUGAACCUCGAUGAAGGCCAAACAUCAUCGCUCAAUUCGACAGUCCUUCUCGACCUGCCACCAUGUCUCCUACAAUGCGUGACAGAGCUUCUCCCAAAGUUCAAUUGCAGCAGCGCAGAGUGUUUCUGCGAUACCAAGGGGCCUCUCAAGGAUGCGAUGACAUUCUGCAUCUCAUCUACCUGCACCAACAUCGAUGACGAACUGGCCGGGAUCAGAUUACAAGCGCAAGUCUGCGACUUGAAACCGCACACAAAUGCACCACCGACUGAGGCUACGGCAUAUGGGCUUUUCGCGGUGGUUGUGGUGUUCCUGUUGGCGCGCAUGCUAUAUCGUCUCCCGGCCCUGAACGGUGUUGGCUACGGAUGGGAUGACUGGUGUCUGCUGCUCUGCUUUCCCGCCGCAACGGGUAUGACGGUGACGGCUCAUUAUGCUGCGAAGUAUGGAUCUGGUACAGACCUCUGGCUUCUGAGUGCGGACCAGCUGCAGAGCUUCUUCAUCUGGGCAUACGCCGGCGAGCCGCUAUAUGCUAUCGUGACCUGCUUGACGAAAGUAUCCCUCGUCCUGCUAUAUCUGCGCAUCUGGAGUGUAGAUAUCUUGGAGAAUGGGUCAAGAUUUCGACUGGCUUGCUGGGUGACGGCAGGCUUGUUGAUUAUAACAAUGGUGGUGUUCGUGCUCACCUCUUUAUUCGCUUGUACUCCUAUCGAGGGCGCUUGGAACUUGCACACGGGAAAAGACGUGAAGUGCGCCAAUCGGACGGCGCAGGGAUACUCUCUUGGUGCAAUCAACAUUGUGUUCGACUUUGUUGUCUUGUUGCUGCCAGUUCCGAGGUUGAUCAAGUUGAAUAUCAACUUGGGCGAGAAGAUUGGCGUCCUAACAACAUUCAUGCUUGGCUUCCUCGUCACAAUCUGCAGCAUCGUCCGCAUGUUCUACAUCUACCAAACUGCCAACGUCACCAAUAUCACUUACGCCUACUCCUUCGUCGGUCUCUGGAGUCUCAUCGAAGUCUACUGCACCAUGGUCUGCUGCUGCGUGCCCGCUGCCGCCGGCCUCAUCCGUCGAUACUGGCGAGCAAUCGCAAGGAACCUCUGGUCGGUCGUCACGAAUUUCGGCACAUCGUCAAAGCAUACGGAGACCGUGGACACGGAGAUGAGGUGGACGGGACGGAGAGAGUCUUCGCCGCCGAAGUAUGAGAUGGAUGCUGGACAUGAUGGCUUGAAGGCUGCUGAGUCUGGAUAUACCGUUCGAUCGAUGGGGUCUUCGCAACAGGACUCGAUUCAUCGUGUCGAUUCGGAGCAGCUGGGCAUGUCGGGUGUGCAGUUUACUCACCACCAAACUCAUGGCCCUGCUGGCGAAAUACCCAUCGACGACGCGCAACCGCCGAAUACCCCAGUGAAGCACCCAGAGCAAACCUUUACGAUAUUUCCUCCCCCAAGGAGCAGCACCUCAAUCCGAGAGAGCUCAUCGUCGCCGGGGUUCUGGUACUAUGAUCGUACUGGUAGUGCUACGCCACCGGGUCGUAGGCCUUUCUCGCCGACAACGCCUAUACCAGCUAGGUUCUCAAAGUUAGGAGAUGCUUCAGCCGAGCAGAAGGGGUCACGGAGAUGA